AUGCUUCUUGCGCUCCAGCCGCAAACCUGUUUACUGGACUGCAUCCGUGUUGGACAGCGUCGCAUCAACCACGCUGUGCGCUUCCAGGCCAAUCGAUCCGGCAAGCCGGUCUUCAUGUUUAAACCGCAGACACAAAUGGUAGCGUACGCGCUCCGAGGAAUCGCUUACUUUGUCUUCCGUCCCGCGCUUUGGAAGCAAGUGGCGUUCCCGCUUCUUCUCACAGUAUUGUUCGGCGUGGCUGCCACGUACUUCCUCUUCUUCCACACGUUCUCGCGACAACAAGAUUGGCUCGACGACAAGAACGUCCCGGAGCAGUUCGCCACGAUCCUGACCAUCUGCAUCGUUGUAGCCGAGAUCUUUGCGUCCACCGUCGUCUACGGUGCCGUGUUCGUCGACGACUUCCAAGACAAGAUCUUCGCCUUCGUGUUGAGAGACCGCGGCCUCAGCACCCUGCUGGAUGAAGGCCCUCCUCUCGAUGCCGCUCCGGUCUUCGGCAGCAUCGUGUAUGCCUGGCUGCAUGGCGGCGUGCUGGCCUGGGAGUACCGCCGCUUCUACUUCGAGCUCAAGGACUUUGGCUUGAGACAGCAGCGCCGCUGGGUGAGCCGCUACAAAGUGCAGUACAGCCACUUUGGCAUGUCCGCGCUGCUGCUGGAGAUGGUUCCGUGCGCUGGCCCGCUCUUCAUCUUCACCAACACUUGCGGCGCCGCGCUGCUGGCUGAGGAACUGGAGCGACACAGUAGCAGCAGCAGCAAGCACGUCGAUGAGGAGGACACGCUGGUCAGCAGCGCGAGCGUCACAGUCUAG